AUGGACAAGUGCUGCAAGCAUGCUCUGCUCCGCUGUGUCACCUGCCUGUUUGUCCUUGCACAGCUGCUUACCCGGGCGUCCACAGUGGCCACACCCUACCUGGGGAGCAGAGCUGGGAACACAGCCUUGGAUCUGGCAGUGUGCCAGGGGUGUGAGGAGCUGCAGAGGCCAGGGUUGGCUGAAGCAGGUCCUCUCACGGUGACAUCUGUGUCCACAGAGCAUUUCCGGGUGUUGGGUCCCUCAGACCCCAUCGUGGCUGCUCCAGGUGGGGAAGCCAUACUUCCCUGCUCCCUGUCUCCAGCCAUGAGUGUGGAGAAGAUGGAGCUCAGGUGGUUCCGCUCCAGAUUCUCAGAAGCAGUGUUUGUCUAUCGGGACCAACAAGAGCAGAAGCAAGAGCAGAUGGCUGGGUAUUCAGGACGCACCUCGCUGGUGAAGGACCAGUUCCACCAAGGCAAGGCUGCUGUGCGCAUCGGAAAUGUCCGGGUCUCAGACAGAGGGAUGUAUGUCUGCUUCUUCAGACAGGGUCUCUUCUAUGAAGAGGCCAUCUUGGAGCUGAAGGUGGCAGGGAUGGGCUCUGUCCCUGAAGUGCACAUCAAAGAUACAGAAGAUGGUGCUGUGUGUGUGGUGUGCAGUGCUUCAGGGUGGUACCCGAAGCCCCAGGUGCAGUGGAGAGACUCCAGAGGGGAGAAUCUCCCAGCAUCCUCUGAGACCCACACUGAAGAUGCUGCAGGUCUGUUCAGCAUGGAGAGCACAUUGGUGGUGAGAGACAGGUCCUUGGGGAGUGUGACCUGCUCCACCUUCAACCCCAUCCUGGGCCAGGAGAAGGCCAUGGCCCUGUUCAUCCCAGAGCCCUUCUUCCCUCAGGCUUCUCCCUGGAUGCCAGCUUUCGCUGUGAGCAUGACCAUGAUGGGACUUCUAGUCCUAGGGUCUUGCUGUUUUCUCAGAAGGGAGCAGCGUGCAAGGCUGCAGGUGCAUCAGGAACUGGAGAAUCUGCAGCGUGAGCAAGAGGAGUUGCAGAAGACAAAGGAGCAUGCACUGAAGGCAGCGCGUAAAAUGGAGGGAGGAUGGGUUGGUGGACUGUUUGAGUGGGCUGUUCUGAUUGGUUCUCAUAGAAUAUGUUCCUUUGCAGCCUGGAGGAAGGCCCAGCUGUAUGCAGAUUGGCGCAGGGAGCACUUCCAGUCCUGGUCUGUCAUUCUGAAUCCAGACACUGCCCACCCCAUCCUCGCCAUCUCUCAGGACAGGAGGCGUGUGACCCGGAAGGAUACCACUCUGUGCCUGGAUGACCUCUUCUGUGUGUUAGGCAUGGAAGGCAUCUCCUCCGGAAGACGCUACUGGGAGGUGGAGAUAAGGAAUGGAGACAGCAGCAAGUGGACUCUGGGGGUCUGCAGGGAAGAUGUGGAGAGAAAAGGCUUUUACUCAGAGUGUCCCCAAAAGGGGUUUUGGACUGUGGGGCGGUCUAGCAGUGGAUACUGGGCCUAUAUUGACAGUGGGAGGGCUUCAUUAUCCUUUAGGCAAGCUCCCCAGUGUGUGGGGGUGUUUGUGGACUACAGCGAAGGCGACAUUUCCUUCUAUAACAUGAGUGAGAUGUCCCACAUUUUCUCCUUCCGUGAAGCUUCCUUUGCUGGGACUCUUUUCCCAUACUUCAGGCUCAAGUCCGGAGAUGUUUCAAUGAUUCUCAGCUCCUUGGAGCAUGACUCUGAGGGGGAGGAAGGGGAGGAGAAGGGAAGAAGGAGGAAGGGGAGGAAGGGGAGGAGGGGGAAGAGGAAGAAGAGGGAGAAGAAAGGGAAGAGGUUAUUUUUGCCUUCUUUGGAGGAGUCUGGGAAUCCUCCAGGGGAGGGGCUCACCCCAGGCUCUGGAGUUGUUGACUCUCCCCCAGGGGAGGAAUCCCCAUUCCUCCCUCAUCCUGGUGACAUUUUCCUCCCUUAG